GUCUGCUUUGCUAGGUCUCUGAGCAAAGCCAGGAUGAAGCUGGUGCGGAAGGACAUUGAAAAAGACAAUGCAGGGCAGGUGACCCUCCUUCCUGAAGACGCCGAGGACAUCUGGCACACCUACAACCUGCUGCAGGUGGGCGACAGCUUGCGAGCCUCCACCAUCCGCAAGGUGCAGACGGAGUCCUCCACGGGCAGCGUGGGCAGCAGCCGCAUCCGCACCACCCUCACGCUCAGCGUGGAGGCCAUUGACUUCGAUACCCAGGCGUGCCAGCUGCGUGUCAAAGGCACCAACAUCCAGGAAAACCAGUAUGUCAAGAUGGGGGCUUACCACACCAUCGAGCUGGAGCCCAACCGCCAGUUCACCCUGGCGAAGAAGCAGUGGGACAGCGUGGUGCUGGAGAGGGUCGAGCAAGCCUGUGACCCCGCGUAUAGCGCCGAUGUGGCGGCGGUGGUGAUGCAGGAAGGGUUGGCCCACGUCUGCCUGGUGACCCCCAGCAUGACCCUGACCCGAGCCAAGAUUGAGGUGAACAUCCCUAGAAAGCGAAAAGGAAACUGCACUCAGCAUGACCGGGCGCUGGAGAGAUUCUACGACCAGGUGAUGCAAGCAGUUCAGCGUCACAUCUCUUUUGAUAUUGUGAAGUGUGUGCUUGUGGCCAGCCCAGGCUUUGUGAGGGAGCAGUUCUGCGACUACAUGUUCCAGCAGGCAGUGAAGACAGACAACAAGCUGUUGCUGGAGAACCGCUCAAAAUUCUUGCAGGUACACUCUUCCUCUGGACACAAAUAUGCAUUGAAAGAAGCUCUGUGUGACCCAGCAGUGACUAGUCGACUUGCUGAUACGAAAGCCGCCGCUGAAGUCAAAGCCUUAGAUGAUUUUUACAAGAUGCUGCAACAUGAGCCUGACCGGGCUUUUUAUGGCCUCAAGCAUGUGGAAAAGGCCAAUGAGGCCAUGGCGAUCGACACCUUAUUGAUUAGCGAUGAACUCUUUAGGCAUCAAGACGUAGCUACUCGGAGUCGUUACGUCAGGCUAGUAGACAGCGUGCGUGACAAUAUGGGCACUGUCCGCAUCUUCUCUAGCCUUCACGUGUCUGGGGAGCAGCUUGGGCAACUUACAGGCGUAGCAGCCAUCUUGCGCUUUCCUGUCGCUGAGCUUUCUGACCAGGAAGAUGAUUCUAGUUCUGAAGAAGACUGACAGCACCUUUU